AUGACUACAAUUUCAACUGAAGAAAUGACAACGAUCCUGAAAACCGCGCAACAAGGCCUCUCGUUGCUUCGAGACGAGCAUUCCACGAUUUCAAGGACUUUGGAGGCGAUUACUUCUGGUCUCAACGACGACGAAAUCUCUCUGCCUCGAGAGAAAAACGCUCAAGUCAACGAGAAUUUCGAGAAAUUGAUGACCGGGAUCGAUGAGACGUCGUUGAUGAUGCUCGUCGCUCAAAUGAUGAGAUCAGAUGACCUCAGAAAUCAGAAGACGCGAGAUCUCCAGAAGUUAUUGAACGAGGAGAACGGAUGGCUUCGUGAGGAGCUCUCAUACACUCAGAAACGACUUCAAGAGUCGGAAUCUGCUGUGGCGAGGCUAGAGGAAGAGCUGAAUCAGUUGAGAUUCUUGGAUUCGAUGAAGAAUGUGAUUUGUGACACGAAUACCGCGAGCCUCGCCGACGAAAGCUCUCGAAUCCCGAUCAUUGACGUUCUGGAUCUCGGAUUCGACCCGGAGGAGGAAAUGAACAACCACAACAAUGAGCAAUCCAACUCCGCCCCGAGCCGUCUUCAAACUCUCAACGCUCUCGUCAUCCAGUAUAUUCGAGAAGGUCGAACAGAGAUCGCCGGUCCACUUUGUAAGCAAGCACUAGAGGAAUUGAUGAGCACAAGUGGAAAAGAGCAUCCGGAUGUGGCGACGAUGCUCAAUGUGCUCGCAAUGGUGUAUCGUGACCAGCAAAAGUAUAAGGAAGCGAGUGGAUAUCUGGAACAGGCGCUUGCGAUUCGCGAGAAAUGUUUCGGCGAGACGGAUCAGUUGGUCGCGUCGACUCUUAACAAUAUGGCGAUAGUUUUCGGAAAGCGUGGCAAAUAUCGGGAGGCUGAGGGGUACUGUAGACGUGCUUUGAAGAUUCGAGAGAUGGUUUUUGGAGAAAACGAUCCGGAUGUGGCGAAACAGUUGAACAAUUUGGCGUUGCUAUGUCUUCAUCAAGGAAAGUAUGAAGAAGUUGAGGAUUGUCACCGGAAAGCGCUGAAAAUUCUGGAAAGACUUGACGUCAUUGAUGACAUGAACACCCUGAAAACUCAGAAUCAGCUGGCGUCGAUCUUGUUGAAGCAGGGAAAGUAUGAGGAGGCGCAGGGCGUGUACAAGACGAUUCUGACGAAAAUUCACAAGAAAUCGGGUGGAAUUGAGGGGAAAUCGUUGUGGGAGGUGGCUGAGGAGAGGCAGAGGAAGAUGGAGAAAGGGGAGAAGAUGGAGGUGAUGGAGACGAGGCAGUUGGAGUAUUUGGAUAAUCCUGACAUCAUCACAUCCGUCAAAAAUUUGGCGGCCGUCUACCGUAGGCAAGGAAAGUACGAAGCGGCGGACACCCUGGAGGACGCCACGAUGCGAGGACAUCAACAGUCGGAUGACAGUAACACGACGUCGAAUAUCUCAAUGGAAGUGUCCCGUCGAUCUUCGAAUAUUUCAUCGCAGAAUAAUUUGAAAUCCAAACUUAUGCAUGUUUUUGGUUUCAAAUUUUAA